AUGGCAACUUGGACCGUUAUCCUCAGGACUGUUUUGUUCUUUCUAUCGCUGGCAAUGUUGCUCGCGUCACUUGCCCUGAUCGCUGUUGGAUUCUGGAUGCGUUAUGACAACUCAUUCGACACAGAUCUUAAAAAUGUGAUCUAUCAGUACGAUGAUCCGAAAACUCUUGCAGAUGCUAAAUUCAAUAUUCGAGUUUGGCUAAUUGUUGUCUUUUGGAGUAUAAUUGGAUUGUCUCUAGGAGCAGUUGUCACUGCAAUAUUUGGAAUGAUUUCGUCUGUUUGGAGCAAGAGAAGAGGACUCAUGAUUACAUAUCUUUUUUUGAUUAUUGUUCUUGUUGUCCUGGAAAUUGGAUCAGGAAUUGCAAUGCUUAUUAGAAGAAAUUCACUGCGUGAUGCCACAAAUGCAUUGGUCAAUGCAAUCUACACUUCAAAUUCUGUCAAUGAUAUUAAAAUUAUCCAGAAUACGUAUUCUUGCUGCGGUGCCCAAAACAAUGUUUUCAAUGUUAUGUACUGUGGGUCAAUGAGCUCCCUGCCCUACUGUGACGUGACAGUAUUCAACAGCGUGGACAAUACAAUGAUGAUUUCUGGAAUAAUCUUUUUGGUUGUGCUCAUUCUUCAAGUCAUUGCUACCAUUGUCCCAGUUCCAGUUCUGAUUUCGAGACGUAAAUCGAUCACGUACAGUUAUGAACCAGCGGAAGUUUCCCGUUUCUAA